AUGGUUACCACUCUUCGCAAUGUUGUCGUCGUUGGCGGCUCGUACGUUGGCAUCAGUGCCGCCCAGCAGCUCGCGUCCGUCCUCCCCGUGACCCACCGCGUGCUCCUUGUCGAACCCCACAGCCACUUCCACCACCUCUUCGCCUUCCCCCGUUUCGCGAUUGUUGCCGGUCACGAGCACAAGGCGUUCAUCCCCUACACGGGUAUCUGGAAGGACGUUCCGGACCCGUCAAUCCACGCCGUUGUUCGCGCCAAGGUGCUUGACGUGCAGCCUAACCGUGUUGUCCUUGACCGCCAGUGGGAGGGCAGCACUGAGAUUCCCUUCGACUUUGUGACGUUUGCCACGGGCACCCGCCUCACUGCUCCUGGCACGAUGGAGAGCGACGACAAAGCCCCGUCGAUUGCAUACUUUCAGGACUACCAGGCAAAGGUUGCUGCUGCCAAGUCGAUUGUCAUCAUUGGCGGUGGCGCCGUGGGCGUCCAGAUGGCGACCGACUUGCGCGAGCUCCACCCGGACAAGAAGGUUACCCUCGUCCAGAGCCGUGACCGCCUGAUGCCCCGCUUCCACUCGCAGUUCCACGACAUUAUCGCCGAGCGCUUCAGUGAGCUUGGUGUCGACCUGGUGCUGAACAACCGUGUCGUCAUCCCUGACGGUGGCUUCCCCGAGGACGGCCGCACCUUCAAUGUCCAGCUCAAGGAUGGCUCGGAGAUUGAGACCCAGCUCGUCAUCCGCGCCACUGGCCAGACCCCCAACAACCAGCUGCUCGCCAAGCUGCCCGCUUCGAGCCCCGACUCGAUUAUCAACCCGGACAACGGCUUUAUCCGCGUCAAGCCCACCAUGCAGUUCCUCGACCCCCAGUACCCCAACAUGUUCGCUGUGGGUGACAUUGCGGACACUGGCGCCCACAAGGCUGCCCGUCCCGGUGCUGGCCAGGCCGCCGUGGUUGCCAAGAACAUUGCCGCUAUUAUCGCCGGCCUCCAGCCCACGGACAAGAUUGAGAUCAACCCGGCCGGUAUCCACAUGACACUUGGAAUGGUCAAGAACAUUGUCUUCCGCAACCCCGGUCAGGAGGACGGUGCUGAGCCCAGCUACUUCUGGCGCGAUGAUGGCAAGAAGGACAUGGGCAUCAACGGCGUGUGGGGCCGUCGCGGCGUCACUGUCACUCGCGAAGACGACUACAAGCUCUAA